AUGCCGUUGUCGAAUACUUCAAUAGCGGCGUUGAGGCAGCAAAUGGAUGAUAAUAAUCAUGAGUUGGUUAAUAUGUUAACUAAUCAAAUGGGUACAGUUUUUAAUCCUGUGAUACAUGAAUCUGCUGAAACAAAUAGGCAGAUGGCUAAUCAAUUGACACGCUUAUGUAACUUCCUAGGGGCACCGGCUCGACAGACGACACAAGUGGUUAGGCAAACCAUUCAUGUUCAAGUAGAGACAAGGGCAGCAGAAGAUGAGACAGUCCAUGAGGGACAAAUCCUUAGACCCCAACAAAAUCAAGGCGUUGAGUCAGGAGUAGCAGGACGUAACCAGAUGGUGAAUGGUAUGAGUGCCACAUUGCAAAGGCCACUAUAUGCUUCCCCAUUGGCUGAAUUUAUUCUCCAAAUCGAGGCACCUGGAGGAAUGAAAAUGCCUAAAUACACUAAGUUUGGGGGAGAAUCUGGGCACUCCAAAAUCAGUUUGGCGGAAUUGUCUAGCAUUAAGAGAAGGUUUGCUGAGAGUAUUGACGAACAUCUGAAUAGAUUUAGAUCAUUAAAGGGCAGGUGCUUUACGCAAGUACCAGAACAUGAACUUGUUCAAAUGGCUGCUGGGGGGUUAGAUUAUUCCAUUAGGAAGAAAAUAGACUCAACCUUUGUAAAGAGUAUGUCACAAUUGGCUAAUAGAGUUCGACAUCUCGAACGGCUAAGGUUAGAAAAGGUUAGACAUAGUAAGGCUAAGAAGGAAAAAAUAGCUUUCGUCGAUUAUGACGCGACAUAUCCAAUCAAUGAGGUUGAUUAUGCCUCAUCGACCGAAUUAGAAAUUGACGUGGCUGAGUUAAAGCCAGAAUCUUCUUAUGAGUGUCAGUUAUUAUUUCCUGCACAAGGGAAAAAUCAUGUCGAAAACAAUCCAAAAUUCCCUUCAAAAAAGUUAUACAUUUGA